GCCCCCUCCCUCUGGAGUCCGCAACGUGCUUGGAAUGAGGCUCCACCGCCGGCCUUUCUCUCUCUCUCUCUGGCUCUGCCUCCUCCUCCUUUCCUUCCUUCCUUCCUUCUCGCAGCACACAAAUCAGACUUGGGAAAGCAACCCGCCUCCCAAACAGGCAGACAGACACACGCCUCUUUCUCCCCCCGUCUCUCUCUCUCUCUCUCUCUUUCUCUCUCUCUGCUCGUAAACUGCUGGCAUGAGACUCGGGUCGGCCCAGCGACGGAGCCAAGCCCCCUUCUUGCCGACAUCUAGGGACAGCCUUCUCGGAGGAAGAGGAGGAAGAUCAGAGAGAGAUUGAGAGAGAGAGGGGGGGGACAUUGGGAAGCGCCGGCUGGCUUGGGGCUCCGACCACAUUCCUGCGCGCGUCCCUGCUCGCUCGGGGUUGAGGCUCUCUCUGCCUGCCUUCCUGGCCCCCUCCCCGAUCUGAUCUCCUCGAGGGAGGCUUUGUGGGGCGCUUCAGCACCAGGCACAGGCGGACAGAGGCAGAGGAGGGAGAGCCUCCGACAGAGACGCGACCCGAGCUGCCUCCUCCUUCCUUCCCUCCAUGGCUUCCUUGUACCAGAGGCUCGGGGGAAAGAUCAACACCUCGCGCUCCUUCCCGGCCACCCCCGAGGCCAGCCACCUCCUGGGACCCCCGUGUGGGGAGGAGGACGGAGGGGCCAAAGCCAACGCCAACCCCAACGCCAACGCCGCCAACGCCGCCUUGCGCCCCGAGAGCCCCGCCAGAGCCCCGCGCUUCCAGUACAACACCCGGAGGAGCGACUGCGAGGAGGAAGAUGAGCUGGUGGGAAGCAAUCCUCCGCAAAGGAACUGGAAAGGAAUCGCAAUCGCGUUACUUGUUAUUCUGGUUAUUUGCUCCUUGAUUGUCACCUCCGUUAUCUUGCUGACACCAGUUGAAGAUAACAGCCAGUCUCAAAAGAAGAAGAUUACAGUGGAAGAUCUGUUCUCUGAUGACUUCAAAAUCCAUGACCCAGAGGCUAAAUGGAUAAGUGAUGCAGAAUUCAUUUACAGAAACAGAAAUGGUUCGGUGAUAGUACACAACGUUGAAACCAACGACUCAACGGUGUUAAUAGAGAACAAAAUCAUUGUGUCCAUAAAGGCUAUUCGCUACGAAGUUUCACCUGACAGACAGUAUGGACUUUUUGCAUAUGAUAUUGCACCGAUUUACCGGCAUUCGUAUACAGCUUUUUACGUCCUCAGAAAACUGCCUAAUGGAGAACCUCAGAAUUUGUACCCUCCUGAAGUCAGCAACACAAAGCUCCAAUAUGCCGGAUGGGGACCAAAAGGUCAACAGCUGAUAUUUAUCUUUGAGAACAACAUCUACUACUGUGCCCAUGUGGGGAAGCAAGCCAUCCGCGUGGUCUCCACUGGAAAAGAGAAAGUUAUUUUCAAUGGACUCAGCGACUGGCUGUAUGAAGAGGAGAUCCUGAAGACUCACAUUGCCCAUUGGUGGUCCCCUGAUGGCACGAGGCUGGCGUACGCAACCAUCAAUGACUCCAGAGUCCCCACAAUGGAAAUCCCCAUGUUCACUGGCAGCCUUUACCCUAAAGUAGAAACCUAUCAUUACCCAAAGGUCGGAACAGAAAAUCCAAGUAUAUCAUUACAUGUCAUUGGAUUGAAUGGGCCUACUCAUGAUUUGGAAAUGACUCCUCCUGAUGAUGCAAGAAUGAGGGAGUACUACAUAACCAUGGUGAAGUGGGCAACCAGUACCAAAGUGGCAGUCAACUGGCUAAACAGGGCACAGAAUUUUUCUAUCCUAACUCUCUGUGAUGCAACCACGGGAGUCUGCACAAAGAAACACGAAGAUGAGAGCGCAGCCUGGCUGCAUCGACAGAAUGAAGAGCCUAUCUUCUCCAAAGAUGGGAGGAAGUUCUUCUUUGUCCGAGCCUUUCCUCAGGGAGGACGAGGUGAAUUCUACCAUAUUGCCAUGUCUUCAUCACAGCCCAACAGCAGCAAUGAUAACAUACAGACCAUCACAUCAGGGGACUGGGAUGUGACCAAGAUUUUGGGAUAUGAUGAAAAACAGCAUAAAAUCUAUUUCCUCAGCACAGAAGAAUUACCAAGGACACGACAUUUAUACAAUGCCAGCACUAAAGGGAACUACAACAGGCAGUGUAUCUCCUGUGAUUUGAUCCAAAACUGCACAUACUUCAGUGCGUCACUCAGCCACAACAUGGCAUAUUUCAUCUUGACCUGCGAAGGUCCAAGAGUUCCAAUGGUGACUGUCUACAAUGUGUCUGACAAACAAAAACUCUUUGAUCUAGAAUUAAAUGAAAAGGUGCAGAAGACAGUAGCAGAAAGACAGAUGCCCAUCCGGGAAUAUGUGGAUAUGAAAAUUCAUGAUUACAAGUUGCUGAUUCAAGUCUCCAAGCCAGCGAUCUUCACUGAAAACAUGCACUACCCAUUGCUUCUAGUUGUUGAUGGAACACCUGGCGCACAGAGUGUAACAGACAAAUUUGAAGUGAACUGGGAAAGCGUGAUGGUCAGUUCUCAUGGUGCCAUUGUGAUGAAGUUUGAUGGACGUGGAAGCGGAUUCCAAGGGACCAAGCUGCUCCAUGACAUUAAAAGAAAGCUGGGCCUUUUCGAAGAGAAGGACCAAACAGAAGCUGUCCGGAAAAUGCUGCAAAAUACAUUUAUUGACAGCACGCGUGUUGGUGUGUUUGGAAAGGAUUAUGGAGGUUACUUGAGCUCUUACAUACUUCUUGCUGGAGAAGAAAAUAAGGAGCCACUCUUCCAGUGCGGUGCUGCACUUUCACCACUAACAGAUUUCAGGUUAUAUGCUUCAGCCUUUUCAGAAAGAUAUUUAGGAUUACAAGGGAUUGACAAUAAAGCAUAUGAGAGUACCAAACUGGCACACAGAGUUCGGUCAACGAAAGACCAAAAGUUUUUGAUCAUUCAUGCAACUGCUGAUGAGAAAAUCCACUUUCAGCACACUGCUGACCUCAUUACACACCUAAUUAGGGCAGCGGCCAAUUACAGCUUGCAGAUAUACCCAGACGAAGGCCAUUACUUCAACAGUCCGUCCCUUGAGCAGCACCUGUACAAGUCCAUGGUCAAUUUCUUUGUGGAGUGUUUCAUAGAACAAGACAAAGCCCCAGUAGUUGUAACGAAAGAAGAUGAGGAUGAGGAUUAACCCUUCGGGCUUGUGCUGAGAUGCACAAGGCCGUUUAUAAUAAUAAUAUGCAACUGAAUCUCUCUGUUUUUCCCCCUUGGAGAAAGGAGUGUUAACAUGAGCAUGUAUUUAACAAAACUGAAACAGGGAAAGCAGUGUGCCUGCUCGAACAGGAUCAUGACUCCUUUCUUCCCCAAAUGGAAGAACAUUUCAGCAUGAAGAACUCAGCAGAACUUCAUUGAAAACAAACAGAGUUUUAAGCAAAGCAAAACACACACAAAAAAGAAGAGAGAAAAGGAUCUGAUCACCUUUCUUGCCACAAAGUGACUUCUGGAAUGAGAUGUUCAAUCAGGAAACUGGACCUAGAAAGAGAUUUCCCCUAAGAUGACUCUGAAAAAGACCCUUUGCGUCGAAAGGGUUCGAGCUGUAGGAAUGAAAACCCGCCAUCUGUCUGUGUUAGGGUUCCCUUAGUUAAUGCCUCAUUGUCUCAGAUAAAACUACCAACCAUGAAAUAAAGAUUAUAGCACAAUUAUUUUUCAGACGUACCGAUCCAUGCGUUGUUUGCCCCAUUGUCGUCUCCAUUUUCAAAGGAGUGACCAUUUACUACAGAACCGCUCAGCUGAGCAAAGGUUUCCUUUGUAGAAAUCCCUGCUGUAGUUACACUAACCUUUUAAUUAAAUUUUUGUGUGUAGAAGAAAUAUUUCUGUAUAUAGUUUUUGAUUUCCUUUGUUUAAUUUAGCCCUGGACUGAUUCUUCAGCGCUGCAAUGUAUUCUGGGUAAGGAGAACAAAAUAUUUGAACACAAGGGAUGACAUUAGAAGAAGUUCCUGCUUGCGAUAUCUUUCUUACAGUGCUCAGGAAUUUGUGAGUGUUGGUUUGCGACUCAACUUCAUGAAUCAAGAAUGUCACGUUGUGAUAUCAAAUAUUUUGUCAAAUGUUUAGAUGGCGAGAGGCAAAGUAAGCCUGUACAUUACUUGUUGCCCCACAAAAUUUAAAAUGCAGUAGAGUCUCGCUUAUCCAACAUAAACAGGCCGGCAGAAUGUUGGAUAAGCGAAAAUGUUGGUUAAUAAGGAGGGAUUAAGGAAAAGCCUAUUAAACAUCAAAUUAUGUUAUGAUUUUACAAAUUAAGCACCAAAACAUCGUGUUUUGCAAAAAAACCCAGAAAAAAGCAGUUCAAUACACGGUAACAUUAUGUAGCAAUUACUAUAUUUACGAAUUUAGCACCAAAACAUCGCAAUGUAUUGAAAACUGACUACUAAAAAAUUGACUACAACUAAAGAUAGAAUUGCAUGAAAUGAACUUAUGGUAACAACAUCAUCAGAAGUUGAAUCCGUAAAAAGUUCAGUCCUGUGAAUAUUUUUAAAAAACUGUGCUAAUAAUAACAAUACUUUAGAUUUUUUUAAAAAAAUUGUAAUAAUAACAAUGACACUUUAUUUAUAUUCCACCCUAUCUCCCCAAGGGGACUCAGGGCGGAUCACAGUGCACAUACACGGCUCACAUUCAACGCCGUUUGGACAGACAAAGACAGAACAGACAGAAAGGAGGCAAACUGUGUUGUGUUGACGUCAGCAUCUUUGGAUGGUUGCGCUCGAAUCCGGCCAUGGGGGGAGGGGGUGCUGUCGCUCCAUCCUGUAUGAUGAAGAGCCAUCAGGACUUCUUCUUUUCUUUUUGGUUGCCAGCAUUUUCUGCUCUUUUUCUUUUCUUUUUAUGGUGUCAUAAGAUACCUCCCUCACUUGUUUUGGUGGUACCUAAUUUCUCUAAUUACAGCACAAGCUGUUUUCAAACUGCUUAGGUCAAGAGUAAGCUGGGCUUGAUAGUUGGCAGCUCAUGCCAACCUGGGGCUUCGAAGUAGCAACCUUUCGUUUGGUAGAUGUUAUCACUGCUGGUGAUAACCCUUGCCUGAUCCUGGCCUGCUUUUCUAGGUGCCUGCCAGGAGGGGCAAGCCGGUCGCUGUUCCCGAUGGGAAAAGUCUGUGCUGGCUGCAUCUCACCUUUCCCGGUGGGCGCCCAGCAUGCGGAGAGGCCCGCUGCACAUUGCUGCCUAGACAAACAGCUGUGGAUCCAGACAGGAGGCAGACUGCAUUGGAUAAUGCAGAAUGUUGGAUGAGCGAAGGUUGAAUAAGCGAGACUCUACUGUACUAACUUAGAACAGUAGAAAACAGUACAUUUCUAUGUUAUUCCUGUGGAUAAAAGGUGCAGAGAAUUACAAGAAAUGGCUCCCCAAAAGGCCAGUCAGUCAAUGUUUACAAGGACUGAGGAUAGGACUUCCAGCCUCAUGUAUGAACUUCUUUGUAUGGCACGUGAAUCCCCAUCAAGCCUGUCUCUCCUUACCCUUUUACAAUCCAGCUUCUUCUAUUGAUUGUAAUCAUUCUAAAACUGCAAGUGUUACCUUUACAAUCCAGUGUGCAUUAUAAUCAUUGCUAACCAACCUGCAUAUUUGUAUCAAAUAUUAUUGUGUUGAAGAAAAUUUAGGGUUGGGGCUGCAAUUUCUGGACACACACACACAUGCCCCUCCCCAACAGCCCCCAUCCUUAGAGUCCUGGAGGAAAGACCAAAACAGCUCCAUCCUAUUCCUGACCCUUUUUGAACUCCUUGCACUUUCCCCCCCGCUAUUGUUGUUCCCUGUAAAUUAUUCUGACCAAAUGUACAGCUAGUAUGAAUACUGUAGAAUUCAUUUCGUUGUAUAUAAAAGGAAUGUAAGUCUAUGAUUUGUCAAGCCCCUCCCCGAUCCAGUAUUUCUUAUGUUUUGUGUUCAGCAUGCAUGAGAUAACACUUGUUUGCUUAUUAAGACCCCUUAAAAAGUAUUCAUCCAAACUCUUUAUCAAUUGUGUGCUUCUUUUACUGAUGGUUUUUGACAGCUUGAAUGUCAGUGGCAGAUUUCUACAUUUUUACAGUGUGCUGUUGCUCAAAAUCCCCAUCCCCGAGGACAACACACCACGUGGAUCAUCUGAAAAGUCUUCUUCAUUCUAUUUCUGUUUUGUUUUAGGUUCAAUCUGUUGGUUGUUGUUGGUAAUUAGAUCAUUAAGGGAGAUUAAAAACCAACCAGAAAAGGUGGGGGGACGUUCUCAUUGCAUUGUUCUUCUUUUCAUGAUUUACCGUCCAUCCGAAUCUAUAUGAACAGGAAUCGCAGAAUAACAUGGCUUUCUUCAGCCAAAUGCCAAAUAGACCAUGUGAAUGCUACAUAUCUGGGUUUCGAUAAUCUUUUGAACUGGACUGAAUUUGACCCAGGAGAGCUGACAGCCUGCUCUGUUUGUAAACUUUUGUAGACGGAGAGCCCAGGAGUGGCAUAGUAGUGUUUCUUCAUCCAUAAAAUAAAGCAUUAUUUUACCAUC